AUGUGUUGUGGUAGAUAUUCUGUGGACAAUGUGUGGUAUCGAGCAUUGGUGACAGCGGUUUCACGUGAGAAUAGUCACGUGACUGUGCUGUAUGUUGAUGAAGGGAACAGCGAGGCAUUGCCGUUGUCAAGGUUACGAGAAUUGGAUGAGAAAUUCGCGAGCUUGCCUUGUCAGGCGCUGCGUGUUCAACUGAGAGGUCUGGAGCUGACUGGAGAUGUCAAGAUGGACGAAGGUAGGGUUGUGUUGAUUUAAAACACCACAUUGUGUUGAUUUAAAACACACAAGCUCACUCACACUCAAUGGUGGAAGUUCAAUCUGAGCUUCUCUUGAGUGUUAAUGCUGUUUUUGAAUAGCUGGAGGGCUAGUGUCCUACCUUACUAUGUGACUACUCGCCCUCCAGCUAUUCAAAAACAACUUUGACAUUCAAGAAAAGCUCAGAUUGGACCUCCACUCAUUGAGUGUGAGUGAGCUUUUAGAAUACGGGCGUAAAUCUUCUGAAUGUAAUUCACGCCUGUAUUCUAAAAGCUCACUCACACUCAAUGAGUGGAGGUUCAAUCUGAGCUUCCUUUGAUUGUCAUUGCUGUUUUUGAAUAGCUGGAGGGUUAGCGUCAUACCUUACUAUGUGACUACUCACCCUCCAGCUAUUCAAAAACAGCAUUGACACUCAAGAGAAACUCAGAUUGAACCUCCACUCAUUGAGUAUGAGUGUGAGUGAGCUUUUAGAAAUACAGGCGUUAGUCUUUGACUGCAAAACUGGUCUUUUUAAUAAAUUACAAAUCAGACGUAUUACGCUUACAUGAUUACAUACUGGGCCUAGACUAUUUUAUCUGUACAACAAUUGUGAUAUUACUUUCUUAACUGUGUUUAUCCUAACCCACCCUGUCAACUUUCGCUGUGGGAGGAAACCAGGCACCCGGAGAAAACCCACGACUUUCGGCAGAGCAUUGACUCACCCGUGUAUGAUAUAUUAAGUGUAAAAACGUUUUUUGCAGUUAACGAUUGGCUUAGACGUCGCGUGUCAGGGGAAACUCUCGAAGCUGUGCUGUACGAGAACGAGGCUGCUAUAAAUCCUGUCUCUUUGGACCUCUACAUUCGUCCCCAUGCUCGCUCGGUCAGUGAUGUUGAUUAUCACAAACUCGAAUAUAACAUUCAUGAAAUGCUUAUACGUGAGGGAUUCGCUAUCCGCGCCGCAUCGCCUCAGAGUACUGACACUAGUGAUGACGUCAGUCCUCCUUCGUCGCCUAGCGACCAAGUGGUGAAAUCUGAAAGCAUUCUCAGUUCUUCAGUGACCAGCGGAUUCCAUGAUGCACCAUCACCUGUAUUUGAUGUAAACACCCAUGACGUAACCUCGCCUGGUUGUCAUGGUGAUGGCGUGGUAUGUCGUGUACCGCCGCCUCAUAUUCCAGUUGACUCUGAUGGAUCAGUGUAUAUGCUGGCCUCACAUAUCGUCAGUCCGGGAGAGUUUUAUGUGCAUUUUAUUUCGAGCGAAGCUGGCAUGCUGGAUUGUCUGAUGACAGAUAUGAAUCAGACUUAUAAAG